AGUAGCGAAGAACAAUUUAUUUAUAACAACAAAGAAAAGGAAAUUAGUAUCAAAAUGACAGUCGUUAAACACCUGCUGUUUUAGGUUAACAACUACUUGAGAAAAAAAAGUGUCAGAUAAAAGCGUGGCUGUUUAAAACGUCUAAAGUUGGUGCUGGGACGUCACUAUAUCUUUUGUAAAGGUUGUGAGAUGAGUAGUAUGAAUACUGACGAGGUAGAGAAUGAAGAGUUGUCGACUAAUGAUGAGAGCGAAGAAGAAUUGGAGAGUGAAAUGACCCAAAGUCCUUCACAAGAACCUCUCAAAACAGCAAUCCCAAAAAAAGUUUCUGGUGCCAGGAAAAAACCUUACUUAGAAAUGGUAGUGGAUACGAUAGAAGAGAUUGGGGAAAAACAAGGUUCAAGUUUCAUGGCAAUUUCUAAAGGGAUCGUCGAGAAAUACAGCUUGAAUCCGGAAAAAGUGAAGUCCUACAUCAAACACGCCGUAGUGAAAGGAAUAAAAGAUGAAGUUUUGAUUCGACCGAAACGUAAGACCGGGAACGCAGAACUAAAAGGAUUAUCUGGUCGCUUUAAAGUAAAUCCGGAGCACAAGAAAAAGCAAAAAGCUUUAAUCAAGAAAAACAAGAGUGCGAAGACAAAGAAGACAUCGAUAAAGAAACCCGCUGGCCUCCCCCCAGCGGAAAGCUUGAAAGAGAAGUCAUACUCCGUCCAGCUGGCAAAGGAUAAAUUAAAGAAAGCCAGGUUGUCGUUAAACAUUGCCGCUUCACCGGUCGUUGCCAAGAAAAGAAAGAAAAUGAUGAAAGAAAAACUUUCAGCGGUCAAAUUUCAGAGUACUGAGGAUGCAUCCGAAAAUGAGACUGCUGCUAAAAAGGCAGUGAAAACAAAGGGCUCCAAAGAAGACAAGAAGCCACCUAACAAAAAAACACCAGUUUCCAAAAAGUCGAAAACCGACAAAGCAAAAUCUAAAAAGGGGGACAGCACUGAAUCCAAAGCACCUGCCAAGAAAGAUUCGAAAUCAAAAAAAGUUUCAUCGAAUGAUAAACCCGCAUCAGCGGAACCUACCAAAAAACCAAGGUCAAAGAAAAAGUAGCGAAAACAUUUUAAUUCUUUGUGAGUGAAUUUUCUAUUUAUUUUGUUUGUUGACAUUUUUCGUUAAAUAAAAAGUUAAUUUAAAAUUA